AGAGCGAUUCAAACGAUGUACUCAAAGCAUCAACCCAACGCAGCAAUUACGCAGCUGCGCCUUCAGAAAUCGAAACUAACGCCAUUGAAAUUGGGCUCCUUUCUUGUGCCACCAUUUCAUUCACGAGUCGGGUUAGGUCGCACCUGUCGUAAACAAAAAAGGUUAUUUAAUCACUGCCAGACAGACGUUAUGGCAUUGCGGGCGUGUGGAUUUAUCAUUUUUCGUCGUUUGGUACAACACCCUUCUCCAGAUAAUAUAGAGUUUUUAUUGCUGAAGACCUCCUAUGGGGAACACCACUGGACACCACCCAAAGGUCACGUUGACCCCGGAGAGGACGAUAUGACCACCGCCUUAAGAGAAACACAGGAGGAAGCUGGAUUGAGUGAAGAUCACCUGCGUAAGGUAGAUGGUUUCCUGCAGAAGUUGCAUUAUCAGGUACGGGGAAAAGACAAAGAGGUCCUCUACUGGUUGGCAGAACUUCGUGACCCAAACAAGAGGGUCAUUCUGUCCGAUGAGCACCAGGACUAUCGCUGGGCCAGACUACAGGAGGCCUGCGAACUGGCGAAAUACAAAGAUUUAAAGGACACACUUCAAGCAGCACAACUGUAUCUAGAAACAGAAGGCAAACAGUAACAUUUAGACUCAUUGACAUUUAAGCUUUGACAGAAUAAUAGAUCAGUCACCUUCCUUUCAGGUAGUAAUCAUGUAUGGAAUUUUGCAGCGGAACAUUCGACCAAUUGUUCAAAACAUAUAAGCUUCAAGGUCUUUUGAUUGAAUAUAUAUUUUUACAAAUAUAAAUCGUGCUAAAUAAAUUAUAAUGAAUCUUUUAAUGUUCAGAAAUCAC